GGCAUGAUGGUGCUGGGGGCGCAGAGGGGGACAGGCUGCCCUCCCUGGGGGGCCACACAGGGCUCUCCUGGGAGGGAGGUGGUGACUCAACAGUUUCAUUUCCUGGUGGGCUGAGGCUCAUGGGAGAUAUGCAGAUGAGCCCAGAGCACCAUGGGAAAGGGCCCUUUAUAUUCCCAGGUGGGCUGCUUCCCCUCCUUUCUGGGGGGCGCCCACAGGAGGGAAGUGCCAGGCAGGCUUCCCAGAGAACAGAGCCAUCGCAGGAGCUGAAGGGUUUUCCAGAGGUCCGACCCUCCCGACCUCUGCGGGCCCCUGUUGAAUUGGGACCCGGCUCCUCCACCGCACCCCAAAUACCCGCACAAGGAACCCCUUUCUUUCUGUCCCCUCUGCCCGCAUCCUCGCCCUUUCUGCUCCUCCUCCUGGUCCUUCUCCUGCAGCCCCGCCCCCGCCCGGGGGCCAGACCACCCGAACCACCCGACCCCCCCCCAACCCGGCACGUCCCAGUCUCGCUGCCCAGCCCGGCAGGAGCAGGCAGCGUGGCCAUGUGCCCCCCGGUGAGCGUGCGGCACGGGGCCGAGGGCAUGUCCUACCUCCACGCGUCCUGGAUGUACCAGCUUCAGCAUGGCGACCAGCUGGGGCUUUGCUUCGCUUGCUUCAAGGCUGCCUUUCUGGAACUCAGAGACUUGCUGGAGUUGGAAGACUGGGAAGAUGAAGACUGGGACCCUGAGCUGAUGGACCAUGCCCAGGCGGGGCCUGAGCAGGGGGCGUCCCCGGAGAUGGGGCUCGGCUGGGGGCAGGGCCCGGGUCACCCCGCACAGGGGGGGACUGUGGACUGGGGGCCAGGCACCCUGGCGGCAGCCCCUGCGGGGUCUGAGGAGGUGGGCCUGGACUACCACUUUGUGCCCACGGAGCUGGAGCCUCAGAACGCAGCACCCCUGGGCCUGGGUCCUGAGGAUGCCGACUGGACCCAGAGCCUCCCCUGGAGACUCGGGGGGCCCCCCACCUGCUCGCACUGGCCAAGUCUCCCUCCUCCGUGGCAGGGGUUUCUCAACGUGGACCUGCCCCCGGGGGAGCCCAUGGUGCUGGAGCUGGGCACCACCCGGGCCGUGGACCCCGCCGAGGCCGAGGCCUGGUUAAGGGACCUGCAGGUCAUCUCCAUGGUGGGCUGCUGCGAUGCCAUCUACCUGCGGAAGAUGACGCCAGGUUGGGCCCGGAGGACCCCGGGCCAGGGCUGGAAGCUGCUGCUGGAGCCCGAUGAGGUGUGGGUGGUGAGACUGCAGGACGUGCCCCGGGAGCAGGACCUGCACCGGUGGAAGCUGAGCGUUCUGGAGUCCUCUCCUCCGGGGCAGACCGAAGAGCUGGUCCCUGCGGACUCGGCCCUGCUUAAGAGGGGAUUCACCAUCCUCUCUUAUUCACCCUGGACCAAAAGGGAGGCAGAGGCGGGGGCCCCCGCAUCCAGGCCACAGUCCUUAUCCUCCCAGGGACAGGAUCCCGGCACCACUGAGCCCCGGAGCCUCGGGCCCAGUGGGCCCAGGGGGCCUGGGGAGAGCCCGGAUGCCAUGGGAGCCUUGGCCCUGGGGGAGCUGCCCUCUUUCCAGCACUUCCACCCGGGGCCCCAGAACUGAGGGACCGAGGCCCAAGUGGCCACCGUUGUCCUGGCUGCCCCCUCCCUACAACAGCCAGGGGAGCGACGGUAAAGAAUAGGGGACUUGUGCCUGGGGAGGAAGAAUGGGGAGCUGCCUAGGGACUGAGAAAGGGGACCCGUCACUGGCUCCGUGGAAGGGACCCAAAGGCCUGUACCCGGGAGAGAAGUUCUUCUCUGGCAAGUGUCACGGAGCUCGCACUGUGACGCAGCUUGUGAAGUGGGUGCAGGACACGUCUGUGGGCACCAGCCCUGCCCUGGCCACACGCAGGAACGUCUCAAGUGGGGCCCGUGCUCCCGGAGCACAUGGAGGUGGGGGCAACAGGGCUGGGUGCUUCCUUUGCCUGGAUGGUGUCUGGGGCCCCGGGGGACCCUGUCAGCAGCAGUGGGGACUCUGGUCUGCACUGGGAGAGACCUCGUUUCAAAUGUUGGCUAUUUUAUGCAGUUUGACCGCUUAGUACCCGUUUCUUUGUGUGUUGUUUUUCAACUAAAUAAAGUCAGAAGAG